UGGCCGCGCAUGCUCCCCCGCACACAGCAGCAGAGGACAGGCGGGACUUGUGCUCCUCCGGUGCCGGCGCUCCGCCGUGAUGGGCUCGUGCUCCUCCGGCGGAUGUGCCCGGUCGCACCCGUCGACUCGCCUCGCCCCGGCCUCGCCUCGCCGCAACUUGCCUCGCCCCCGCAUCGUUCCCCUCUCGAUCCGGCAAACUGUGACACGACGCAACAGCCGACCAGCAAAUUCGCCAUGGCUUCCGCCUCCAAGCAGCAGAGUCACACACACACACUUGGUGAUUUCUCCGUUGACCAAUAUCAAACCAAGAAAUCCUCCUCGGCAGAGUGGCAAAGCCAGCAGAGGCCAAGGGCAUGGAGAGCGAAGGCAGCACGAGCCCCGGUGCCGGUGUCGCGGCCUUGUACUGUCCAGCUGACGCGGCGGCUCUCUGCGUGCCCUGCGACGCGGCUGUCCACUCCGCGAACCCUCUGGCCUCCCGCCACGAGCGCAUGCCGCUGGCGGCCGCCAUGGCGGCGACCUCCGGCGUGUACGACCUCUUCGCGGCUGACGACGAAGGCGGCUCGUCCGGCUUCAAUAGCGGCGGCGGCGUCGAGAUGAGCCAGACGCGCAGCUCCACCUCGUCGACCCCGACCGCAGCCUCAAGCUCGACGCCGGCCACUACUUCUCGCUCCACGUCCCGCACAGCGACCACCCAGACGACAAGGAGGACGCCUAGACGACAGAGACGGACGCGGACUGGGAGGCGGCGCUGAGCUACGGGCUCGGGCUUGCUCUGGCCUCCGCCGGGCAACUCGGCGUCGACAGGCGGCUGCUUGUCGAUGGAGUCUGCCUGCGGCGAGUCCAUGCCCGUGCUGCAGUCCGACAUCGGUGGCGCCUCGCCUAGGUAUCCACGCCUACGGACGGCCGGCACUGGGGACGCUCCUAGCUACAAGCUCUCUGCCUGCUACGUGUUCGACGGAAUGCCCAGACGGACAUGUCAAAAUAUGUGUCCAUCCUCCAUUGGGCGUAUCGGCUGACCCAAUUAAAAAAAGCAGACGCGGACGAGCAGACGGGCGACCCAAACGGACACAAAAUGGACAAAAUCGAUAUACGUUGGGUCUCCCCAUUAGAGUUGCUCUUAUAGUCGUGGGCAUGCAGGAGAUAGGAGCACAGGAUACGAUCCGACACAAACCUUCACUGACCCCUAAAUAUACAUCAAUAAUACUACUACUAGUAGUAGCAGUGUUCUACCAUUACAGCUACGGAUC